UCCGGAGCAAUAACAGAGAAGCACAGGCUGCUCGCGUACAUCCGGCCAGCUCAGCGCGUCGGUGCUGGUGAAGCGCGCAGAGAAACGCGGCGGCUUUACCGAGAGGCGCGGCAGAGACGGCGGCGGCUUUACCGAGAGGCGCGCAGACAUGGUGCUUCUGACUAUGAUCGCUCGGCUGGCGGACGGGUUGCCACUCGCUGCGUCCAUGCAGGAAGACGAGCAGGGAAAUGAGAAGAUGGGUCGGGACCUGCAGCAGUAUCAGAGCCAGGCCAAACAGCUGUUCCGGAAGCUUAAUGAACAGAGUCCCACCCGCUGCACCUUGGAGGCUGGCACUAUGGCUUUCCACUACGUCAUAGAGAAGGGGGUGUGCUACCUGGUGCUGUGUGAAGCAGGAUUCCCCAAAAAGCUGGCCUUCGCUUACUUAGAAGACCUACAAGCAGAAUUUCAUGAACAGCACGGGAAGAAAGUACCCACUGUGUCCAGACCGUACUCCUUCAUUGAGUUUGACACGUACAUUCAGAAAACGAAGAAGUCUUACAUCGACAGCAGAGCGCGCAGGAACCUCAGCAACAUCAACACGGAGCUGCAGGACGUGCAGAGGAUCAUGGUGGCCAACAUCGAGGAGGUUCUGCAGAGAGGAGAGGCUUUAUCCGCUUUGGACUCAAAGGCCAGCAACCUGUCCAGCCUGUCCAAGAAGUACCGCAGCGACGCCAAAUACCUGAACACGCGCUCCACCUAUGCCAAGCUGGCAGCUGGCGGCGUCUUCUUCAUCAUGCUCAUUGUCUACAUACGCUUCUGGUGGCUGUGAGGAAGAGGAGGAAGGAGGAAGAGGGGAGGUGUGGCAGACUCUGAGGACGCAGCAGGCGUUCAGGAGGAAAGUGGACCCAGUCUUAGUCUUAGUCUGCAUGGAAACGCUCCUCCCUUCCUUCAAAGACUGUUCAAUCCGGCACUUUCUCACCCCAUAGCCCGUAGGUUAACCUACGAGAUUAUGGCCCGGUUUCCUGGACACGUGUUAAGCCUAGACUUGGGCUCCGUUGUAUUGUAACCUGUUUAGUCAAGGUUUAGGUUUAACUGUGGUCUGGGAAACUGGCGCUAUAUGAUUUAUUAAUGUUCUAUGUUUUAUUAACAACUGCUGUUUUGUGUUCUCUGGUGAGUGAGUGAGUGAGUGGAGAUGUUUGUGACUGAGAACGUGAGAAACUUGUUCCUAUGUAUUCACAAACUCGUCUGAGGAAUCCGCCCAGUCAUUGUGACCUGAACCUUGCAUACAGUAGAGCUCCCCCUAGUGGACAAAUGAAAUCACUCACUGACAUAUUUCACCGCGUUUCACAAUCCGUCUCAGAGGAGCUGGAAGGCGAUGAAGUCACUGGGUGGUUUCAUCAACAAAAUUUGUGACUCUCUCUGGAUUUUGUACAGAGUGAGUCACACAUUCGACAACUCAUUCACUCGUUCACUCACUCACUCCCACACUCCCUCACUGGGCCUCUGAAUGGACUGUUUGCGGUUUUCUCGCUCCACGUUCACGCCUGCCUGGCCGGCUGUUCGGCAGUUAAACAUUCAGACGUGCCCGCAGCUUCAUGUGACAUCAAGGUGAGGUCUAAAAGGAAAAGAAUAGCGAGAACUCUUGGCUUACUGUUGCCGCCGGUGUCAAUAAAGCGGUUCAGAGUUUGA